CUCUGGUGCAUGAUGAACUCUAAUACCGUGGUGGAGGGGACCGUGACGUUGGAAAUACUCACAGCGACUGGGUGGGAAGAAUAUGAUGAUCAAGCAGCAGUAAAUGAUUGGCGCGAUGGAUUAGGAACAGCCGAUGGUUUGAUGAGAAUAAAUAAUUAAUUUGCUCAAACCUAGUGGCAUGAAAAUGAUUAGGACGACAAUGAAGGCAGGAAAGGACUAUUCACCCUAGGUGGCAUAGGCAACAUUGUCAACGGCGAGAAUAGCUACAUUAUUGCUGGUGAAAACGUGGCGCCCUGGGAAGCGAGGAAAGAUCUUCCUAAAUCAGAGCUCCCUAAUACAAAAUGGACCGACAUCAUGGCAGUCCAGUGGAAGCAGUACGCGCCCGCCGGCAGCGACCUAAAGCGCGUAUACCGAUCCAAAGUCGUCUACUCCGAGUCGAAACGCCUCAUGGAAACGGCCUUGGAGAAGACCAGAAAUAGCGGUGAUCUGGAUGAGCUGCCGUUA